AUGGAUUUUUCUAUCAAGCGAGUGUCCAGUCCCGAGGACAUGCACCCGGUGGUCAAGGACGAGAUCCACAUUGUUCUUCCAGUACCUUCGAACAAAGCGUCUAGAAGCGAAUAUCCGCCCAUUGGCUCUGAUGAUGACGAAGACCCGGAGGAGGACCAGAAUGCAAUUAUCCCAAAGGUCGAAGACGACGAUGACGAUGAUUAUGAACCAGCAAAUAAGCGACACAGACGUACAAACUCUAAUAACACCCGCCGUGGUCCAAAGACGAAGCGCGCUGCCGCGCCCAGGUCCAUCGAGAAAGCUGCUCCCAAGAGGCAGAAGACCGGCGGUGCCUCCUCACCACCACCCAAGAUCCUUCCUCCUUCACCUCCUGGGAGCAAGGGAAGUCUUCACUGCCGGGAGUGCUCUCUGACCUUCAAAGACCAGACGGGCUUUGAUGGUCACGUCAAGAAGCAGCACACCCGCCCAUUUGUCUGUGUUUUCAACUUCGCGGGCUGUGAUUCUACGUUCGCCAGUAAGAAUGAGUGGAAGCGCCACGUCAGCUCUCAGCACUUGCUUCUUCACUACUGGCUCUGUGACCAGGAAUCAUGUGCUCACACGAAGAAUGGACCGCCGUCGCCAUCUGUAGUCCCUCAGACGACAAGCAACAAGCGAUCCCGCGGUCGUGCCCAGGAGGAGAGCAUCAAUGUAGCACCCCAGCUGCCCAAUGGCGCCAUCUUCAAUCGCAAGGAUCUGUACACUCAGCACUUGCGCCGAAUGCACACCCCGCUGCACAUCAAGAAGGCGGUCAAGGCCGGGAAGAAGUCUUCAGGCUCUGGAGCUCACCCGGACUGGGACGAACACAUCCGCGUGCUGCAGCAGAGCGCCGUCCAGGAGCGCUGCCAGCUGCCCACGCAUAUGGCAUGUCCUGCACCUGGUUGCAAGCAGGCCUUUAACGGCGCGGACGCCUGGGACCAGCGCAUGGAGCAUGUUGCUCGUCAUUUGGAGAAGGCAGCUAACGGCCAAGAGCAAUCCGUCGUGUUUGGCGGCCCGACAGAUGCUACCCUGAUGCAAUGGUGCACGAACCCGUCCGUUGGUGUUGUCAAGAGAGCCGCCAACGGUAAGUGGGAGCUGAACAACCCGCUCAAGCCGGAAGGCGGCAAGGAUCAGCGACAGACUGCUUCGACCAACUCUGAUCCUCUGAUAAAGAAUGAGAUCGUUGUUGAGAGUGGUGGCGAGGAGGAUGCCGAGGGAGAGGAUGAAUGA